UGCAUUUUUAUGUCCUUUGAAACUUGAGGGCUGGAAGUUCUGGUAAGUAUGGAAAAUAAUCACUGUUUAAAUGUCCUGUCACCUCACAUGUGGAGAGUCAUGUAGUUUGCAGGUAGUAUGUGUUUAAACUUGGCAAUUGGUAACUGAGAUCUUUUUCUUUUCCCUCACAUCUUUGGUAAUAAUUUUGCACUGCUCGAUGGAGGAUUAAAGCCAAUGCCCUAUGAACCUCAGGAGAGAGAGGUCUUUGUUAUUUUCAGAAGAGGAAGCACCUGGCUGAGGUCCGACAGAGACUUCAUGGUCAUUCUCACAGAAAGAGUCUCUGCUCCCUUAUUCUCUGAUCUCCCUGUUGAUCAAUUGGAUGAGGAGACUGUUCCCCUGCCCUGGAAAUUACAGCGCGAGGCCCUGAAAUCACAUGGAGCUGUGAGUAGAGAUUCACCUGAUGAUCAUGGAAACCCCUCUCAGCCCAAGGACCAUGAGUAACCAGACGCUAGUAACAGAGUUUAUCUUGCAGGGCUUUUCAGAGCACCCAGAAUACCAUGUGCUCUUAUUCAGCUGUUUCCUCUCCCUCUACUCUGUGGCCCUCACAGGUAAUCUCCUCAUCAUUUUGGCCAUCAGCUUCAACUCUGGGCUCCAUACCCCCAUGUACUUUUUUCUGUUCAACUUGGCUACCAUGGAUAUUAUCUGCACCUCUUCCAUCAUGCCCAAAGCACUGGAGGGUCUGAUGUCAGAGGAGAGCUCCAUCUCUUAUGGGGGUUGCAUGGCCCAGCUCUAUUUCCUCACAUGGGCUGCAUCCUCUGAGCUGCUCCUCCUCACGGUCAUGGCCUAUGACCGGUAUGCAGCCGUCUGCCACCCUCUGCAUUACAGCACCAUGAUGAGCAAGGCUUUCUGCAGCAAGCUGACCACAGGUGUCUGGGUACUCUGUGCCUUCAACACAGCCAUCCACACUGGGCUGAUGCUGCGGUUGAAUUUCUGUGGUCCCAACAUCGUUACACAUUUUUUCUGUGAGGUCCCUCCUCUGUUGCUUCUCUCCUGUAGCUCCACCUAUGUGAAUAGCAUCAUGGUUGUCCUGGCUGAUGCCUUUUAUGGCAUAUUGAACUUCCUGAUGACCCUCGUGUCAUAUGGCUUUAUCAUGUCCAGCAUUCUAAAGAUGCGGACUGUAGAGGGGAAGAAAAAAGCCUUUUCCACCUGCUCUUCCCACCUCAUUGUGGUGUGUAUGUAUUAUACCGCUGUCUUCUAUGCCUACAUAAGCCCUGUCUCUAGCUACAGUGCAGAGAAGAGCAAGUUGGCUGGUGUAUUGUACACCAUGUUGAGCCCUACUCUCAACCCCCUCAUGUAUACUCUGAGAAACAAGGAGGUCAAAGCAGCCCUCAGGAAGAUUUUCUCCUUCACCAGAAAUUAAUUUCUGUCUUCUGCAACUUUUGUUGGAGACUGCAUAUUGAAGUCCACGGUGGCCUCAGAGACUCUCCAAUGAAUAAGGCUUUGAAAACUACCACUAAUGAACCAGUGUGAUUACGAGGUUUUCAACAUGCUGUGUAGAGCAAUUAUUGGUAAUCGUCUUGGUUUCUUGCAAUUUUUAUAUUUUCUGCAUCUUGUAAUGGAUUUUUUAAAAAAAUAAAUAGUACUUAAAUGAG